AUGGUGUCGAGGAAUAGGAUUGGAAACCAUUCGAUGAACCUGCUCGCCGCACUUGCGACAUACAGAGAAGAUGAUAGCACUAAUGAUCGCCCUAUUUUAUUUGUCUGCCAUAGCUUAGGCGGUCUUGUCUGUGAAGAUGCUCUGUCGAUAGCACAACAACGGCCUGAGAGGCAUCUUAAGCAAGUACUCCACUGCACGCGCGGGAUUGUAUUUCUCGGCACUCCGCACCAUGGCUCCGGUCUUGCACACUGGGCGGAAUGUCUAGCCAAGGCUAUCGGCAUUCUCAAGCAGACAAACACUGAAAUUUUGGUCGUCCUCAAGAACGAUUCUGAGGUACUGGAACCGGUUCAGAACGGCUUUCACACAAUGAUUCGGUCACGAGGUCAGGACGGGCUUUUGCCGAUCGAGAUUACGUGUUUCUAUGAAGAGUUACCCUUACCGGGCGUUGGUAUUGUCGUUCCGCCUCAGUCUGCCAUCCUGCCUGGUUACAUUCCCAUAGGGAUACGUAGCAAUCAUAUGGAUAUGACAAAGUUCGAAGGUGGAGAUGACCCUGGAUUUAUCGCCGUUGUUGGUGAGCUUCGUCGAUGGGUAAAGGAAUCAGUUCCGUCUGAGAGCAUCAGGCCGCCUCAAUUGAGAGCGAAGGGUUCAGAAAGAUGUACUGCCGGCGAGGAGGCGGGAAGAAGAACAACGGAAGGGCAAGCUUCGAACAUAUUUCAGGGCAGCUCUGGAAUUUAUGGUCCGACUACGAUCAGCGGCGGAUCACUGCUCCAGGAAAAUUACAUUGGACGAGAUAGUGGCCUCUUCUAA